UCGACGGAUCUUUAGUACUUUCUCGUCACUGCUCGUUUGUUUCUUUAAAGUUGAUUGGCCUUUUGGUUUUCUUCUAUGGUUGAGGUUUUUAGAUGUAGAACAAUUUUCUGAAGUUGUGAUUUUGUUACCUAUGGCCCAUGUAUUCUCCAUCCUCCUGAUCAGACUCUUUAGUUCCUGGAUCUUUCAACUGGAACUUUUGAUUGGAAAUUAUUUUAAGUUAUGGAGGCUAACAGGGGUCAAGGUGGGAUUCAGCUUUUGCUAGCUGCUGAGCAAGAAGCUCAACACAUCGUCAAUGCUGCCAGAAAUGCGAAACUGGCUAGAUUGAAACAAGCUAAAGAAGAGGCCGAGAAGGAGAUUGCUGAGUUUCGUGCUCAAAUGGAACGUGAGUUUCAGAGAAAAGUUGCUGAGAGCAGUGGAGAUUCAGGUGCUAAUGUGAAACGCCUUGAAGUAGAGACAGAGGCCAAGAUCAGUCACCUGAAAUCGGAGGCUGCAAGGAUAUCCCCUGAUGUUGUCCAUAUGCUCUUGAAGUAUGUGACAACUGUGAAAAACUAGGUGCUUCUAGUUCUGUACCAUGUCUAUCGUGGAAAUGGACUACAUGUUUUAGUUUAUAUUUGUAGACCCUGGUGCUUUUAUUGGAACUGAAAUCCUGAUUGUUGUUUAGGUGUUCUUUUUGAUAUCCAUAUUUUUUCUAAUCUUUCGUGAGCAUUGUACUUCACCAAAUAAACUACUGUAUGCUGUCUCAUAUAAGUGCUUGUCAUUUUCUGUUCGGUUGUCUA